GUGAGUUUGGCGAUGACUAACGGUGAGUGGCGACUUUUUUAACGUGCUAUUUUGACACAGUUUAAAUAAGCAUUUCUCAAUUGUUUUCCUAAAGCUGUGAAAUCUAUCAGUACUGGCUGUCAUGUCGAGGUCUGUCAGCAUCUAUUAGAAUGUUAAAAACCUCUAACUGUUGGCCAGGCUUUCCAUCAUUUAACAGCUUUGUUAACUAAUAUUCCUAGAGUAGCUUUUAUCUCAUGUUCGCAGAUGACUUGGAGCCAAAGCUAAAUAACUUGCUUCACUUAGCUAGGAGAGCUUUUCUUUUCAGCUGCUCAUAUAACCGUGGCUGCUCUUCUUGGUGGAUUGUUUUUUAGUCUCCCUAGAUAGAGGGCUCUCAGUUUGAUCUGUGACUAAGAGGCUCUGAAUAACCAGACAGUUUCAACAGCACUCUGAAUUUACUGACGGUCCAGUUAUGCCAGAGUACCCUCUGCAGCUCAGAAUAACCAUCUUUGAGCAAAACCCAUAGACAGCGCUCUGCAGAAUGGACACCUAAAAAUAGUGUAAAAUGACAUCCUUUAGUUGUUUCAUUCUUGUUUGAAUCGAUUCGAAGGAAAGGUAUUCGAGCUCAAGUGUAGAGACUCGAAAAUAAAAAUCAGUUGUUGGCGAAAUUAAGCCUCUCCUCCUUCAAAGAUCUUGUUCUGUGGUUGUUAUUCUUACACACACACACACUUAACACACAUCCCCUUAGAGACCUCCUACAUCCUCAUACACCCAGAAAGCUUUUCACACGCCCCCGCCAUUCACCGCAUGGCAGAAAGCACUAAAGCACCACACGCUUUCUUCAGUCGUCGACCUACAGGUGAACUCAGAGCUGACAGACGGACGGACAACAUUGUGUCACAUGUGAAGUGUGGGCAAAGGUGGAAGGCCUGCACGCAUGUAAACACCACGUGGGAGAGAAACUCAUAAAGCCCGGAGAUUUGUGAUAUAUGCUGUGGUGUGACGGCAACAAUGAUUGUGUGUGUUCUGGCGAUGGUGAUGUUUGAGAUGAUGAAGAUGACAGCGGCUUCAGUGCCUGCUUCUGAGAUGGAUCUCAAGCGAGGGGAGGACACCGGCCUCCCUAAACAAACCCAAUGUUUCUGGCUGCAGCUGAGCAUCGGGGUCACGGAGAUUCCCUCCAACAUCUCCAGCAACACACGAUGCCUGUGAGUACGAGUGCUGUCACAAAAACCUCUACAAAAAACUAUUCAAAUUUGAGUUCCUGCAGCUGUGUUUUGUAACCUCUCCAAGAAAUAGUUUCAUAGGAUGCAAAGCCAAGUUGCUCCGUAGCCUCAGAGGUAUAAUUAAUGCGGCUCAGCUUUAAAUAAUUCACAAUAUGGUUGAUAAUUUAACAGAAAACCAAGCCUAAUGGGAUCCUAUAUACAGUAACACCCUUCUCAUCUAAUGCACCAACAGCAACGACACGAAGACAAGUUCUUCACUGUCGCAGAGCUCGGCCAUGAAAAAGUGAUGUCUCUUGAGUUCAUUUCUUUUGUGUGUCAAUUUUUUUGUGGUCAGUUUGCAGUAUUAUCUUUAUAUAAAUCAUUUAAAUACAUACCCAUGUCAGCAGAAACAAAGGAGAAGACAAAGAAAGAUGGUUCCUACAUACUGUGCAUCCAUUUAGUUCGGUCUUAUUAGGAGCGAACUACAACAGUAGUUCUUUCAUGAGACUUCCCAUACAGUAGAUGGUAAAGGAAAAACAGAUCUGGACUCAUUGGGAUGGUCACUGGUAGAGAAAUCAAAGUGCGUUUGAAACAUGGAGUCAAGGAUUGUGGACGAAUCAAGAAAAAACAUACGAUCUUCACAUAAAGAGCGCUGCUUUUAACUUUUAAGGCCAAGUCUGAAGUUUUUUCGCUUCACACUCAAAUCCUGAUUUUGCCGUAUUAACCCUGAAUCUUUUUUUUUCUACUUCUGUCGAGCAGUUUGGCAUCAACAUUUGAGUGUUUUCCACAUAUCAGUUAGAUUUUCAUUCCUUUGUGCUACCACAUAAUGUUUGUGAGAGAUUGUUGUGGUAUCUCAAUUGGGAGAUAAAUUCGUAACUUUUUCCUCUUCGAGACGAACGUCUUAUUUGCCCCUUAAAGGUUGGGUAAUCUAGGUUUAUCCACGCACAUGUUAGGUACAGUGUUUAUAAUUCAAUGGAGUAGAGCUGGAUGAGGCGAGUUCAGGUCAUUGCCACACUGAGUAAACACUGACCUGUUGUUUUGGCCCACGAAAUUUUUGGAGGAAUCUCAAGGCCGGAAGGAGGGAACGAGGUUUGCCUCGAGCUUCUGCACGAGCAUGAACCGAGACAUACACAAGAACGGACCCUACAUGUUCAUGAUGUUCCCCGCAAAAGCAUACAAAGACGGAUUCAACAUGAGAAGCAGGGAGCGACUUUGUGGCCAAAUUGGCGACUCUUCCCAAGAGACAUGAAGCGAAAUCCCAGGCAGCGAUGUGUGUGUUCUCAUCUGUUCCCUUCUCUGAGGUCAAGGCUGAGGAAUAGCUGGGACAAUCACAAGUAUGCAGAGUUGGAUGGCCGUGUUAGAUUUGAUCCACAACAGCCAGAUGUAAAAUAAUCCUUGGACCUUGUAAGCAAAGCAGUUUUCUUCUUGUAUGACAAAAAAAAAAUGAAAGUGAGGUGGUAUCAUGACUCCGCUGUACCUGUGGAGACACUUUUACUACUUUUUUGUAAUGAGUGAGUUUCGUGACAUGGGUCCAUUUCUGCAUCAACAGGAAAAUAAAGCAGACGCAGAUCAGAGUCAUCCCCCGGGGCGUGUUCAGGGGCCUGCAACACCUCGAGAAACUGUAAGUGUGUUUGUGUGUAUCUUCAUGUUUAUUCUUUGAUGGGGAAUGUAAUGAUCCGAGGAGGUCAAAACACUCCAGACGGGGAUAAUCCAAACAGGAGAUAUGUGCAGGAAAGAGCAGCAGGGUCAGGACUUAGAGUUAAAGUUUUACUGUCUGUGAAAAAAUCUAAAUUUAAAUGUAGAGGAUUUUUUUUAAAGGUACAGCAAUCAAGAAGGCUCCAGAUAUCUAAAUUUAGAGUCCAACUCUGUGUUUUCAGGAUAUUAAAUCAUACAAAUGUUUGGGGUCAAAAUACGUUUUUUGUUACCUUAUUUCAUCAAUUUGAAUUAUCUCUGGAUCUGUGCAAUAGUGAGCUCUCUCAGUUAUGCUGUACUCUGUUUAUUAACAUAUAUAUAAAUAUCUAAGAUGAAAGAACAACUCAACCUACAAAAUACCUACAAGGUGGAUAAACUGUAGACAAAAAGCAACUCUGACACACUUAAUCUGAUCACAUCACACUUUGCUCUUUGGCUUCAUUCCCACCAAAGCUCAUCCCAGAGUUUGGUGUCAUAAUUACUAAUGAAACAUAUACAUACAAUAGUAAAAUGAACCUAAAUAUACACACUAUUUUGGCUCUGUACAACAUAAAACGUCAUAGCUAUAUAGAACUAAAAUAUCAAAAGGAACCUUUGAGACCAUAGACUCAAAAAGGGAUGAGCACUAGCAAUUAGGGCUGGGCGAUAAAACCAUAAUAAUAUAUAUCAAAAACUAAUUUCCCUUCAAUAUCGAUAUGAAACAUGGUCAAUAUGCUUUUCAAUAGCCACCAUUCUGCCAUGUUUUGAUAGACUAUAAGAACAGCCAAUGAAAAGGGGAGUUGUUCCGGGUCAUGCCGUACUGAACCAAUCACAUGCUGAAUGAGAACCAAGUAGCAAACAACUGCGCAGUAGCAGGCUGUAGCUACACGCAUCCACAGCACUUAAACACGUGAAGCCGAAAGCACUGUGGGUGAAAAAAAACAGAAAAUGAGUGCUAACCCCAUCAGAAAUGCAGAUAAGACUCAACAGAUGACGACAUCGUCAACAACACUGGAACGGAAACGUCAGUAGUUUGGAGGUAUUUUGUUUUUUGAGGUCGGACAUGAAGCAGAGUAAUGUGCACAGCAAGUUAUGUCGAGUACAUGUUAAAUUUCAUUUAAGGAACAUUUAAGAUUGACAAGUGAUUUUUUUACAUUGUGAUACAUAUCAAUAUCUACUGAUAUGAAAAAAAAUAUUGUGAUAAACUUUUUCCCAUAUCGCCCAGCCCUACUGGCAGUAGUUUGAACCCUUUUGUUUUUUCGACUGAUCCUCAUUAGUUUGCUAUAUGCUGCAUUUGUGACAUUAUUUAGAUAAUGUAUUCAAGUAGUAAUGUGAGAAUUCAAAGAUAGUGGAUAAAGCCUCUGAUUCUGUGCUCUGCAAACCAAUGUAACAUCGUGUGUUUAGCCAUGUUGAAUGGCUUAUACUCAGUUUUGAUGGUUUUCUGAGUGUUUUCUCACCUUUGUACGAGCGGGUUAGAAGUUGCAUUUCUAUUCAAACCACCAGGGCUUUAUUCGCCUCUGAACAGCCCCACAUAAAAGAUUGACUUUUAAUCAAAGUACCUCAGGGCUUCCCUUCUCUUGAUUAGCUUUUCUGUCUUGAUUUUGAGCAUAAUUUCUUCAGAGCGUGGCACUCUUCUCAGACCAAAGUUUUCCCACUCAUUAUUUUUCAUCAAGGUGAUACUCCUUUAUUAAAAUGACAAAAUGACUGCUUCAUCCCUUCAAUCUCAUCCCUUCUUCCUCCUUUGCCUCCACCUUUUAGCACCCUAUCAGAGAACGACAUGCUGGAGAGGAUUGAUGCCUUUGCCUUUGUGGGUCUCCCUCGCCUCACUGACAUGUAAGUGCACGGUUCACGACACGCUGAAUCCAAUCUCCUUGUGCGUGUGUGUUUUGUCUCGGUUGUGGAACAAGAGGAGCUCUGGACUCUGAGGAAGCUCAACACCCCAAACAAAUGAGGCGGAAACCUUGCAGAGAGCGGAACGACGGCAUAUGUCAAAGAAUAAACGCUGUUUUUCAAGAAAGUCACGUCAUGUUCUUUAUGUGGACGUUUGUGUGUCCUUUAGCUACAUCUCUGGAAAUGUUGCGUUAGAGAGCAUUGGAGCUUUUGCUUUCUCUGAUCUCCCUGAACUCAUUGACAUGUAAGUAUAACUGGCAGCAUAAUGGCAGUGGUGAAAGCCGCUAAUCAUUGGAGCAGUCAUUUAUAUUAAUGAGAAAAUGACUGUGUGCGUUUCUUUCAGAACCAUAACAAAGUCAAAACACUUGAGGCAAAUUGACGUGGAUGCUCUCAGGAACAUCGUCAAACUGCGGUAUCUGUGAGUACUCAGUGAGAAUGACUCUACGAGGGGAAAACGGUCUUCUUGAAUUUGUGUUUUUCAAAGUGAUAGUGGGUUCAAAAUGGGUCAUGGGUGACAGGCCUAUUUCUGUGAGGCCCCCACAUGGAAAAAGUCAUGAUUUUUUAAUUAGCCUGAAUCCCUGGAAGAGAAAUCAAGUGUCACACUUCAGUUUAUGACAUCCUAAUAAUAAGAAGUGUUUUCAAUGUUAGAGCUGUCUCUUUCAAUUACAGGAUUUGAUUAGUUGUGACCGAGUCUAAACUUUCUUGACUGUACUUGUAAAUUAAUUAUUUACACUUCAAUAUUUGUGGUCAGGUCCUGUUUGCUAGUUUGGGGUGACUUAUUAUCCACAAUUUGACAAAAAAAAACCUUGAACCUGUUUUUUUAAUCAAAUGCCAGCUAGCCUGUUGAAAGCAUGAAGCAGCAUGGCACAUUUGAUUGCAUGGGCAACAAUGACGGUUGGUCAAAGUCUUCAAUUCAGAUCGCCUUGCAUUUUUUUAUCUUACAAUUCUACAUUUUUCCCACUUUGAUGAUCACUUACUUUUCAUAUUAGUAACUCUGACUGAAACAUAUCAACUGUUGUACAUUCAUGGUGCCCAGGGGAAAAAUCAGAGUGAGUUGUUGUUCACUUUUGUACUUAUCUAGGACCACAAUCAGAUCUGAUUUUAAGGAAGGAGUGCAUAGGAUUUAGUGAGACUAUUGAUGGCAACCCUAAACAUAAAGGUAGUCUUGAAGACAUUACCCAUUGGUUUCUGCAGGAGCCACAUCGAAUUGCUGAUACUUAAGGUCCUUACACACCGGGUAUUUUUGCCGGUUGUAUCUGAACAGGUUAGCUUAAGAGCUAAAGUUACUUAGCACAGAUGAAAGUUAAAACAAAGAUGUUUAGCAAGGACUAUAACUUAUCGACCUUAACAGGCAAAACUCAGCUGUACCCCUGGUAAUGCAAAUGUAUGAUUAACUCUUCCUCCUUUUUUGAGUGUAAGGGAUACUUUAUAAAAAAGUAAACUGUUAAAUAUGUAAAUUUUUUCUGUAUUAAACUGCAUUUUUGUUUUUUAUUUUUUAUCAUGUCACCAAAUGGGGAUUUCAUACUGAUUUGCACCAGCCUCAAGUGGACACUGGUGGAACUGCAGGACUUUUUGCACUUUCAUAUUGGCUUUAUAUUUCAACAGAGGAGGCUUUUCCUAUCCUGAUUUUUUUUCUUUCAAGUUUUUAAAGGCAGAAAAAAAUCUAGAUGCCAGUGAGAGCCAGCUCUGGAUUUUCCUUCUGGGCAUCUUUGGAAACACAAGCAUGAGCUCUGUUAAGAAAGGAGCCAAACCCCUCAGUAAUUACAAAGGCCAGUUUAAAACAAACAAAAACAUUAUCAUUCUGUUUUCAUGUGAUUGGGCACUGAGGAAAACAUACUUUUGGAGUUCAUACUUGAUAGUUUGCAAAUUUAACUUUCACAGUGGUCUUGAAGUUGCCAUCAUUCUGUUUUAACACACAAAUCAUUAACACAAAACCCGUCAGCCUGUAACAUUCAAACUCAAACCUGCUGAAUCUUUUAGAUCACCAACCUGACUUACAUAACAGACUAAAGAAGAUCUUGGAAAGCUCUGGCACAGUUGCAGUUUUGCUAGUCUUGUUUUCUCCGUCUGAAUACCCAGUGUUCAGCUGAGUGAUAAAUAUUUCAGAGUUACUGAAUUUUAAACUUGUAAAGUGUUUUUCCAGCAUAAUAUGACAGCUGUUUGGAGCAAGAAACUCCUUAAACGUGGGAUUUGUCUCUCCGCCACCUGAGCCUCUCUCUGGAUUCUCUUCACUUGUUAAUUUCUGACUCUGUUAACACAAUGAAUGCUACAUUGUUUGAUUUUAUCACUUUGACACACUGCACUGAGUGUUCUGCAGAGGUGGUAGUGUGAAUGUAGUAACAUUUGGUGCUUAUUUUGCACAUCGCAGGACCAUCACCAACACCGGACUGAAAAUUUUUCCAAACUUUAGCAAGAUUCAAUCCACGGCUGCUGGAUUUGUGUUGUAAGUCUGAAUGCAAAAUACGAAUAAACUGCAAAUGCAUGCUCAGACACAGACCAACAUGGUUAUCUUUACAUGCACUUGAACAUACAGGUUAUCGUGCACAAUCAAAACUAAAUAUACCAAGAAGAAAUCACACUUUACAUAUAAAACUACAUCUCAAAUCUAUGCACAAACAAACAGCAGAAGACCAGGAAUACAUCUUAUUUACUCCUGCACCUUAAGGAUAGUAUAUAUAACUUUUUUAUCCCUUAGAUAUAGUCUUACGUCUCUUUAAUGUGUUUGUGUUUCUUUAAACUGUGUGAUGCACAGGGACCUGCAAGAGAACAGCCACAUCGAGAGAGUCCCCGCCAAUGCCUUCAGAGGCCUCUGCACUCAAACUAUCAGCGAGAUGUAAGGGAUUCAUCACUUUUUUAGAAACACCUCCCUCACACAGCUCCGAGUGGGCAUCGCAUUCACAGUGAUGAAUGUUCCCUGAAAUACCCUCUGCCCUCUUUACUGAGCCAUCGCCUGGCUGUUUCCCUUUUUCUGUAUUUCUAACACUGCUACACUGCUGCAUUGUGGAUGUUUAUGUUCUCCGUUGCUCCUCUUUGAGUCACUUUCCAUCAAAAGUCCUAAAUCUGAUUGAAAUAUGCUGAUGAAUCGUGUUAUGAGCAUGUUUUUUUCUCUAAUUGAGUGAAAAUGAAUACAAAAGUAGAAUGAAAACAUGCACACAGCAGCUCCUGCUACAAUUAAAAGUAGUUUAACAUGCAAAUCUGGACAACUGCACAUUUAAAUUUCCUACUUUUUAGUAAUUUUCUUUGUAUUUUUUCAACAGAUUGUCAAAUUCUAACAUUUUGUAAUAUUUGAAAAAAGACCUCUCAUUGGCUGGUAUGAUACACAGAGAUCAACCAUCAUUUAAGUGUUAGUGAUAUAAUUUCUUCUUUUACUUUUCUGAUGCUAGUUGUUAAUUGAAGCUCUGCUGUUGUCACUCAAAGCGAGCUUGCUGGUUUUUAUUUAGUAGGACAGAGAGUGAAUACAAUUGUAUUGUUCUCUUAGCAUUUACAGAGUAAACACAUCCCUCUGCCUUUUUUAAAGCAUUAAAGCUAAGCUAAUUCAAAGACCCACUCCGAUGAAAAUCAUGUUUUUCUUGUUGUCUACAUUUUCAUACAGCAUUUUUCUAAAGCUACAGGAUAUAUCAUGAGAAAAAAACGCGCGAAAUUGCAUUUUUGAGUGUUUCUGCGUUCAAAUCGUUGUGAAUUUCUGGCAGACCCAAACGGUAGGCUCAGAAACAGUGAGAUUUCGUAUGUCACAAAUCCAAGCUCCGCCCCCUGAGCCCCACUCUGCCAGCCAGACUCAUAGAAAUCGAGAGGACGAUCACGGAACAAGCGUGUACGGUAGCAGAUUAGAGCUAAUUAUGAUACUAGCUUCCAUCAUGUCCCUAAAGACAAUAAUGUCCGAGAACUGAAUAGCUCCUAUGUUACCUGCCACUUCUGCUGCACAACAAGCAACAUUAGGCUACUAGCUAGUAUGAAGACAAGUGUGCAGAGCAGCACAGGUAACGAGAUUUUGGCUGAAAACUUCAUAAUCACAAUUUUAAGACCGCUGAUAAAACUUUAAGUAGUAAAAAUAAAAACAAUCGAAGUGGGACUAUAAGCUCGCUGGCUGCUGGUUUUAUUUCUGAUAUUUGGGUUCUCGUCUUCAACUCUUCAACUCCAAAAAGCAUUUCUUGAAAUAAAUUAAAUUUAAUUUCAUAUAUGAAUACUUUUAGAUGAAACACACAGAGCCCACAGCUUCCAGAGUGUAUAAACCCUUCUACUUAAAAGCAGUAGGGCAUCAAAAAAGAUGCAGGAGAAUUUCUACAUAAUAAAUACUAUUUAUUUGUGUGUUUUUGGCAUACUUGUACUGCUUCAGAGAACAAAGGAGCCGCACACACUGAAAUAAGGUUUGACUGUUCAGAUAGAUUUACUGUUGGGAUUGUUCUGUGAUGGAGCCAUGCGGCUGAAAUUUGGCUCCCUUUCCCAAUGACAGACGGCUCACCAGAAAUGGCAUCAAGGAGGUGGCGAGUGACGCUUUCAACGGCACAAAGAUGCACAGAUUGUGAGUCACAGGCAAAGACACAAUUACAAAAGAAGCCUCUUGAAAAUAAUCAGCAAUCAUUUUUAAUUCCUCUCUCUCUCUCUCUUUCUUUCUUUCUCUUUAUUUCAGGUAUUUGAGAGGCAACCAACAGCUUACUCACAUCAAUCCCAACGCCUUUGCGGGUUCCAGUGAGUUGGUGGUACUGUAAGCAUGACAUCCAACAGAUUCUCAUGCCUACAUGAUUCAUCCUCAUCAUUGCUAAACUCAGCAUGUAGGAGAAAACAUGAAACAUUGUGGCGUGUGUGGGGAGUCUAAAAAAAUGUAGAAACAUGCCAGAUUUAAGGUAAAAAUAAACCCCGAGCAGGUGAAGUUGUUGAGACGUUUGUUCGCAAAACAAAGGGAUACGCUUUGAAUCGAAGUGCCGGUCAGAAUAAAAACAAAUCACUUUUUUCAUUGGCAAUACAAUUAACUCAACUUCUAUCCAGAGUGAUGUAAGCAGAUACAAACAGAGGGGUUUUCUAUAGAAAACUAAUGAAAUCUAAUAAAUGAAAGAUAAUUUUUCAUUCACAGCAUUUGAGGAUGUGCUAAAAACAUCUUAAAGAAAUCAAAGAUUCUCGCUCUUCUUUGCUAAAUUCCAGCUUGUUUAUAUUUGCAGGGACGUUUCCCACACGGCCCUCAGCUCCCUACCGAACUCCAUCCUCGGUGGACUACAGAAGCUGUUUGCAAAGUCCGCCUUUAAUCUGACAGAGCUUCCUCCACGGCAUCUCUUCACCAAACUGCACCUCGCUAAUCUGACGUACUCGUCGCACUGCUGCGCCUUUAACAACAUACAAAGGAACAGGUAAACACCGUCCUCAUGAAUGAACAUUUUGGUUUGGAAAAGAGAGAUCAAAGUUUUGAGGAAUAUCUAAAGUACACAAUUAAUCAAGCUUUCGUGAUCGUAGACUAAACAUGGAGCCAGUCAGCUUCAAAGCGCAAAGACCAAAAACUGGGGAAACAGAUUAGCAGCUUCAGUUCAGACUGAGUUUAACUCCAAGGAUGAAAUCCUCUCAUUCCUUUAUCUAUGUUACAGCUUUUUUCAUUCUCCCAGCCUCUGUACAAGCACCAUAGACGGUGUAAAACAUGGGUGAAGCCUCUCAUUAGUCGCCAAAGUGGAGUUUUCAAGCCCAGCGACGGCAGCCCUCAUAUUAGCAAUGCUGGCACAGCUCAACUUUUGGUCAGCCUAGAGGCACAAAAGCAAAGCCGUAAAGGUACAGUGUGUAGGAACUGGAAUAUUUAGUGAUAUCUAGAAGUCAUACCAGAGACUGAAACACUCCCAAGGUCACUCCCUCUGUUGGUGGCCUUCAAGGACAAGAAUUUCCUGUGAAGAAAUGAAAGAAUGAUUCUCAAAAUUGUUUUUUUUCCUAUCAAAAAUGUCUGUCAAAACAAAGUCUCUUCAAUAAACAACUCUUCUGAGUCAGCCUGAAAAAAUAAAUAAAUAAAAAUUUAUGUAGACAAUCAUCAACAGAACUUUUUUUGCCACUGGCCCCGCAGCAACCUCACUUUAGGAACCUACAGGAUAAACAUGAUCGGAUAUUAAAAGGUUCAACUGUUUGGUUUGUGGUCCACUGAAGGCAGAGUUCUGCUAAGUUUGACUCUAUGCAGCUCACUGUUUUUGCUAUCAAAAAUGUCAUUUAUUCAUAGAUAUGCAAUCAGACCGAGACGCUAAGGUAGAAGAACUAUCGCGUCUGCAGAGCAAAAUGAUUAAUAUUAUGAUUAUUACUUCAAGGAAAUGAUAAAGAAAUGAUCAUAAAUGUUCUUCCUUGAGCUGCGAAACUCCGCUGCAGUCCGUAAUGGACUAACCUGAGGUCUCGCUACAAACAAGUGGCUGCUGGAAGAGAGUAGGUGAGUAGUGUUUAGUCUCUUUGCUAAAGAAAUUAGGCAAAGCUAAAGAGAUGUUUGGUGGUUAGUGCUAUGGCUGGGACCCUAUAUAUACUGUUGAUGAAGUUAGGUGCUGUUCUGAGCAUUAUUUGUGGCUAUAGAGUGGCGUUUUGAUUGAGGUUUGUGUGUGGUUCCACCAUGACCGCUGCGUAUUGCUGUCAUGCAGUCAUUACUAAAGUUGGUAUAACUAAAGGAACAAGCGGUCAACAACAUUCAUCUCUCGAGGGGAUGUCUAACUUGGUGUUACGGAGUGUUUGACCCUAAAUUCAUUUUACGCUGGAAUAUCCCUCUAAGUUUUGGUGAAAUAUGGUGAAUAUUGAAACAGCUGAGGAAACCAAAAAGUUUCAUCUUCUGCUUGUUUUUGUUCUUGUUUUUCUUACAGGGGUUCAAACUUGACCUUCCUGUGCUCUCACCCAGAGGCCCAGGACAACAUCCACUUCUAUAGAGAGCACUGCUCCAACUCCACCUCCAUCACCUGCACCCCCACCCCUGAUGCCUUUAACCCCUGCGAGGACAUCAUGACUGGCGUCCCCCUGCGGGUGCUCAUCUGGAUCAUCUCCAUCCUCGCGCUGCUGGGGAACGCAGCUGUACUUGUGGUCUUAUUAGGUAUUUUACCUCUCAGUGAGGAAUAUUCGAGUCACAUUUUAAAGCAUUUUUUAAAGUAACUCUUCACACAUUUUAUCAAGUAUUUUGUCAAAUUUCAGGGAAUUAGUCACAUUAUUAUUACCAUUUGAGUUCUUUGGGAAUGUGUCCUUUUUUCUUUCCUCACCUUUUCUCACAUUCUCCCACUAUAUCUAUUUUUUCCUUACUUUUCAGUCUGUCAUAUUUCUUAAAUUUCUUCCAUUUUCAUUUCAUUUAAUUUCAUUCAGCAGGGGUACAAAAAAGUGGUAACAUUGCCACAGUGCUCCUUCUUAAUUUGAAUACUAUAUGAUGAAGCAAAAAGUCCAAAAAGAAGUCUUGGCUUUUGUCUUUUGACAGUGACACCUAUUUCCUUCUUAAUUCACAUUUAUUUCUCAUACUAACAUAAUCAAUCCAAAAAAUGCUGAAACUUUGAAAGUUCUGUGUUCAAAUCUCUGUGGAUGGAGAACAGCGUCCUUCCUCCUUCACCUUUCCCUCUUGUAUCUGAAAUAAAAAAGAGUAUUAACCUGUCCCUGUGAAAACAACAAAAAACAGCAAUGUUUCCAUCUCAAACUGGUCCUAACUUCUGCGGAUAAUACCUGUAGACGCCACAUAAUAAAUCAAUACAACCAUUAGAUGUUGUUUAGCUCGCAGGCACAAAAAGUGCAGAAAAAUAUCAGGCUGAUAGUUGCAGUAGCAUGCAAUAUUCACUCCAGACAGCUACCUACACACUCGCACAGAAACUGAAAAGUCCAUUUUUAAGUUUUCAAUAACAGCAAAUCUAUCGGCUUGGGGAAAAUUCCCGUCUGCUUCUCUAAACUUUUAGAUCUGUCUAACAAAACUUUUAAUUGUGUUUUUCUUCCGGUAUUCAGGCAGCCGCUCCAAACUGACUGUCCCGCGUUUCCUGAUGUGCCACCUGGCCUUUUCUGACCUCUGCAUGGGCAUCUACCUGGUCGUCAUAGCAACUGUAGACGUGCUCACCCGAGGUCGGUACUACAACCACGCCAUAGACUGGCAGACGGGUCUGGGAUGCAGCGCCGCAGGCUUUUUCACGGUGUGUGUGCCCACAGAGGAUCUUUUGCAUACAAAUGAUUUAUUCGCAUUAAUUCGUAAUAACAUUCAGAGAUGUUUAAGUCUGAGGAGAAAUAUGUGAGUGUGUGUGUCUGUGUCUGUGUCUGUGUAUCAAGUGCAGGUGUUUGCCAGCGAACUGUCAGUGUUCACGUUAACAGCCAUCACCCUGGAGCGCUGGCACACCAUCACACAUGCGCUGCGGCUCGACCGUAAGCUUCGUCUGAGACACGCGUGCAUCGUCAUGACAGCUGGCUGGGUCUUCUCCUCCCUCGCUGCCUUGCUGCCCACAGCCGGGGUCAGCAGCUACAGCAAGGUGUGCGCUCCAUAAAAAAACAAACACACUCUAUUUACUACCAUUGUGCUGGACUGUCUGUGACAGUAAUUAACAGCCUCACACAGUCUGCUCUGCUCCAAGUUACCAGGGAUGCAAAAUGGUGCAGGAAGUCAUUUUCCACCAAAUGACCUUGAUACACUUCAAAUGCUUCAUAUCUAUAUAUGUAGAUUAUUUGGCAACCUACUGUUUAAAUAUAUAUCAAAUACACUGAGAGCUGGCUGCUCAGUGUAUUUCCUGCUUUUUAUAAGCCAUAUUUCUACUCUAUUAUUAAACUAUUAGAAUUUGGGUCCACGUGGGAUGCACAAUCAUGCUCAAAAUCAUACUCCACAAAAUAACUUAGAGUAUGUUUAAGAAAAUCAGCCUAACUUUGGUCAAAAUUAAUACAUAAAAUAAAUCUAAUGUGGUAAUUUCUUCACAAAUUUUAUCAAGUUUUAUAGUUUUAUGGUGUACUCAUAUUUGCUUGUUUUUGACACACUUGGUUGUUUUAACAUUUUACACAAAGUAAGUAUGAAAUGGCAUGUCUAAGAGUUGCAGGACCAAUGGUGUAUAAGUGUGUCAUCAGCAUACAAAUGGACCUGGUACAUUUUCCUCCUGAUUAUUCACAUAAAUAGUAAACAUAGGGGGACCUAAUACGGAGCCCUGCGGUACACCUUUAUGCACAAUUAUAAUAUCAGAGCAUAGAUCAUCAACACAAUGAGAUUGAUCACUAAAAUAACUUGAAAACCAAGCAACUGCAUCUUCAUAGAGUUCAGUACUCUUAAGUCUGUGUUUUAAAAGCUCUUGGUCGACUGUCUCAAAAGGUUUAGACAAAGCUAGAGCUAGUGACCUUUAUCAUUUGUAUCUCACUUUAUCGAUGUCUCGUUAUGUCUUUGAAUCACAGGAAAACACUGAAAUCUGUCAUUGCAUUUUUAAAAUUUGAGGUGACAUUAAAAAAUGAUUUAUGUCCUUUUAUUAUCAUUAAAAAGUGUUCAAAAAUCCUAAAUGGGCAGAUAUAUUUGUAUCAAGAUUUAUCUCUGUACUGGUAGCACAAAGUAGAAAAAAAAGGAAACUGUUAAAAUCAUAAUUUUCAGAUUUUGUAGUCUGCAGUCAGGCUGUAGACAAAUGGUGCAUUCAAGGUUCUAGUGAAGUGCCUGUUUUUGUUUUUUCUGCAGGUGAGUAUCUGUCUGCCCAUGGAUGUGGAGUCUGUGGUGUCUCAGGUCUACGUGGUGACCCUGCUCCUCUUUAACAUCCUGGCGUUCAUCUGCGUGUGCAUCUGUUACCUCAGCAUCUACCUCACUGUCCGAAACCCCUCGUCGGCCCCAGCCCACGCUGACACACGAAUCGCUCAGCGCAUGGCCAUCCUCAUCUUCACCGACUUCAUCUGCAUGGCUCCCAUCUCUUUUUUUGCACUUUCAGCUGCUCUGAAGCUCCCCCUCAUCACCGUCUCAGACGCCAAACUCCUGCUGGUGCUCUUCUACCCCAUCAACUCCUGCUCCAACCCUUUUCUCUACGCCUUCUUCACCCGUACAUUCAGGCGAGAUUUCUUUCUCCUGGCUGCUCGCUUCGGCUUGUUUAAGACGCGGGCGCAGAUUUACCGAACGGAGACUUCAUCCUGUCAGCAGCCGGCCUGGACCUCUCCUAAGAGCAGCCAUGUGAUGCUGUGCUCCUUGGCCCAUACGUUGAAUCUAGAUGGAAAACAAGACUAUUAAGUUAUUAUGGACAAAAACAUGGAGACAGACUCCCAUGGACAAUAAGGACAAAUUACUGAGGUACAAAACUCACUGCUCAACAGAAAUCAAAGGUACACCACUUUUAAAAAAGACUAUUAAAGUUGAGGUACACAGUUAACUUAUUUACCAAGAUAAAAGUGAAAAAAUACAGACUGUUUCAGAGUAAAAGUGUCCCUCUGAGAGGAUUUUUACCUGCUGCGUCCGAGCAAAAAGACGUCAUGUACGGGCGAGUGCGAAAACUUCAGAUCCUUUAAACUACAAAUCAAAAGACCAGCGGAGUGAAAACAAAGAACACUAACUUUGAGAGUGCGAUCUAAUUUUAAAAAUCAGUUGGUUGCUGAGUGUCCCGCUGCUCCGAAUCUUGCUCCAAACAUUUGCCGGCUAGAUUUUCAUCCAUGAUACCAUGAGUUCCCCAUCAGUCACCAGUGGAGCGGAGUUUUCCUCUCUUGCUGCUAGGUUUGCCUCAACACAUCAUUUACGAUCGAUGAGUGAUGUGCGUUGAUAUGUUUUUGUUCCGCUUGUGAUUUUGGAAAGGUGAAGUAAAAAGAAUCUAUAUUUUUCCAAGAGCUUAACAAAAGCUUAAGCAGUAAACCUGUUUGAAAAUGUCAGGAGAAAAGGAUACAUACAUGUAAUGUAAAGUAAUGUGUAAUAUAAUGUAAAAGUGCUUUGGGUGGUCAGAGGUUGAGAAAAAGCUUUAUGUAAGUAUAGUCCA